UGUUUUCCAUUCCGGCUCUGAAAAAUCGCCACCCAGCGGCCCACAAAAUGCCUGCCGAGCACUAGUUUUCCCUUUUUCCAUGGUCGUCGUGUGUGUCCCCGUGUGUAGCCGAUCAAGUAAAGUGCAGCUCGUGCCGGCCGCCGCCACCGUCGCCGUGACGAAUCCGGGUGUGUGUUGAGGCAAGCGUGAUAAGCCGCCUCACGGCGCAGUGCCAGAAGGGGGGAGCGUUCCGUGUGGCCACCGAUAAUAGCGCAGAGGCAGUCGACGAUAAAGACAUUGUGCUAACGCUAGCUAGCAACAAUCGAGAGGAGCCGGUGAUUGAUGCCAGGGGGGUGGUGGACGGUGGGGACAGAACGGCGACGGCGUCAUUCUUCGUCAACUACUUUGGGUGUGUUCUAUGAAUUGAUACGGGAGCGGUCCGAAUUCGCCAUCCGCUGAACCGAGCCAGCCAGCCAGUUCCAGCACGCACAACUAGUUUACCGGUGACCGCGGCCGCAAGUCUUCUGUUGUUGCUGCUCCUAUUGUGUGUGUUGUGCCGUGUGGCCGUGCGACGAGGGCGAGCAAUGUGGAAAGGGCAAGCCGCUCUGUGCUGGCUUCCGAGUGUCGUGUAUGUCGCCGUCGUCGUCUGUCAGCUGCAGGUUGCUGCGAACGAUAACCAAGUACGGGAGAAAUACUUCAAUGUCGGCGACAACGGAACGCUGCCCUGUGCCACCACAGACACGCACAGCAUCACAUGGCAGUACAAUGGCCAAAACAUAAACGAUACACGAAUAACCUUUCAGAUAGUGGACAGCAAUGAGGCGCUACGGUCGGAAUGGUUGCCCGUUGGCGUUGAGUCCGCAGGCAGUGAGGGUGUGGGGCUGGACGUGGUCGAUGAGAACAAAACGGCCAAACUUUUCCACCAGUUAACCAUCCGCAAUUAUACCAAGUCGGACGAGGGCAAUUAUACUUGCUACGAUCUAGAGUCGGGCCGGAACACGUCGUAUGUGGUGCGCACCAUCAUACUACCAAAGAUUGUUGCAUCUAGCCAGCAGCGAAUCAAAACCAAAUCAACAACGACCCAGCAGCUGUACUGCGUCAUCAAGGCAUUUCCUUUGUCGUUAUUCAACAACUCCAUCUACUGGUUGAAGGAAGAUGCCCACGGGGAUAAAAAUUAUCGGCCACUGAUCAACAACAUAGAGCAGAUCUUCGUAAACGCUACGCUACUGAAUACCACACUAACGUUCGAAAAUCCAACGAAAGCACAAAAUGGAACGUAUUCGUGUACCGUUGUGCCGUCGAGUCAACUCCUAGAUAAUCCGGGACAACCGGUGAAGAAAUCGAUGACGCUGCUAGUGCUAGACGUACCGCAGGUGACGAUCGAUUACGCUGCGGCGGUCGGUGCGAACAAAAUCUAUCUCAACUGGACGGUGAACGAUGGUAAUGAUCCGAUUAAGAAUUACAUUGUCACCUACAGAAAGGCGGGUGAUCAAACUACCACUUACUAUCGCGAACAAAUCGCCGGAAACAACUCGUUUUACGUACUCGAUGGAUUCGACAGCGACACGGAUUACACGAUCGGAAUCGGUGCUGUUAACAGUCAGGGGCUGAGUAAGCAGUCCGAGUACAAGGAAAUGAUCAGGACGCUAAAAACGGAUCCUAGCUUUACGCCGGUCAUUGAUGUCACCGGCAGCACGUCCACUUCCAUAACGAUCAAACCGUCAGAGCCUCCGGCCAACCUAAGCCAUUUCAUCCACUAUUACGAGGCUGAGAUGUGGAAUGACACGGCCAAGAAGAACGAAAUCACCUAUUUCAGUGCAGAGCGCUUCAUAACGAUUUUUUUCAAUAACUUGGAGAUGGCAUCGGACUAUACGUUUCGCGUGCGAGCCUGUAGUGAGCUGACGAAGUUGUGUGGCAACUGGUCCGUACCGGUGAACGGUACGACUAGCGACGGGCCAUCGUCGCCGCCACGCAACAUCAAAAUCAGCUGCACACAUUUCAACAUCACCCAACGCAACGUUGUGCAGGUUCGCUGGGAGGUGCCCGAGCUCCCGAAUGGCAAGAUCAUGACAUAUCAAGCAACGAUGACCGGUGUCUCGCACUACAAGUCCGAGUACGGUGAGCCAAAGAAGGACACCUGGGGCCCGAAGGUGAUGCACAGCAACCCAAAUACCCGAAACGUCGACUACGACAAUGUACCGGCGAACACGAACUAUACCGUGACCGUGGCUGCUCAUACGCGCUCAAGACGCCCCGGUGCAGCGGUUACGGCCAGCUGUACCAUGCCACCGACGACACCCAGUCAGCUUGGGCGCAUUACCUGGGCCAAGCAACGCGAUGAGGAAGGAAAUUGGUUCUUUAAGGUAGUGUUACCACGAUUCCCAGAGCGCAAUGGGCCAAUCUGCUGUUACAAGAUCUAUUUGACGCGGCUCAACGGGCAGCACAAGACGUUGCCUGACUCGCCUGAGAAUGUGCACAUUACAAGCUACGCCGAGGCCCAUGCAUCGGAAACCGCUGGAGG